CCGGCGGUAAAUUACUGCGUUUUAACACUCCAUAUCACAUCAAUGGUGUUUCGUUUCCGUUUGCCGCAACCUUUAAUUUUCCGUUAAAUAUGACUCGAAGUGGUGAUACUUCACAUUCAGGAGAUUAUGAAAACUCAGUCAUUACCAAAAAGUCGGACAUAGGGCAACACUUCUUACGUGCGGCACGUGCUGGCAAUAUCCAGAAAGUUUUGUUACUUAUUACGGAACACAAUGCAGAUGUACACGCAUGUAAUGCAAAUGGUUUAAAUGCACUGCAUUUAGCCUCAAAAGAAGGACAUGCGGCAGUGGUGCGUGAGCUAAUCGACCGAGGAGCAAAACCAAACACUGCUACUAAGAAAGGCAAUACGGCUUUGCAUAUUGCAAGUCUAGCUGGUCAGUUUGAAAUAGUCAAGUUGCUAUUAGAAGCCGGAGCUGAUGUGAAUGUACAAGCUCAGAAUGGUUUCACUCCUCUGUAUAUGGCUGCUCAAGAGAAUCAUUUGGAAGUAGUACGUCUUCUACUGGCUAAUGGUGCUAAUCCUGGUCUAACAACUGAUGAUGGUUUCACUCCACUGGCUGUAGCCCUGCAACAAGGCCAUGAUCGUGUUGUAGCACUUCUGUUGGAAAGUGACUCUCGUGGAAAAAUAUGUUUGCCAGCUUUGCAUAUCGCAUCAAAGAAAGAUGAUAUUAAAGCAGCUAAUUUAUUAUUGAAUAGUGAUGUGAAUGUAGACCAUCAGUCAGCUAGUGGGUUCACUCCACUUCAUAUAGCUGCGCAUUAUGGUAAUGUGAAUAUGACUGAACUGCUUAUAUCACGUGGUGCAAAUAUUAAUUUUCAAGCCAAGAAUAAUAUUACUCCAUUACAUGUAGCAUCAAAAUGGGGUAAUCAAGGUGUGGCUGAACGUCUGAUCACAGCCGGUGCAGAGCUUGAUUGUCGUACACGUGAUGGAUUGACACCUUUACACUGUGCUGCUAGGUCGGGACAUGAUACUGUUGUUCAAUUACUGCUAAGUGCUGGAGCUAAUUUAUCUGCAAAAACAAGGAGUGGUUUAAAUUCACUACAUAUGGCAGCUCAAGGUGAUCAUAUUGAUGCAGCUCGUUUACUUUUACAACACGGUGCACAACCAGAUGACCCAACUAUUGAUUAUUUAACUGCAUUACAUGUGGCUGCACACUGUGGUAAUGUACGUGUAGCCAAACUACUACUUGAACGUGGAUGCGAUGUGAAUGCUAGGGCAUUGAAUGGAUUUACACCACUGCAUGUUGCAUGUCAAAAGAAUCGCAUUAAAAUUGUAGAGCUUCUCCUGAAACAUAACUGUUUAGUUCAAGCUACGACUGAGUCUGGUUUGACACCGCUUCAUGUAUCGUGUUUUAUGGGACAUUUAAAUAUUGUAGUCCUGUUAUUGCAGCACGGUGCUAAUGCAAAUGCACCAACUGUACGUUGUGAGACCAGUUUACACCUAGCUACUCGCGCUGGACAAACUGAUGUUGCCCGUCUACUUUUACGUAAUGGCGCUCAUGUGGAUGUUAAGGCUAGAGGUAAUCAGACACCAUUGCACAUAGCUUCACGUAUUGGUAAUAUUGAAUUAGUCACCUUACUUCUGGAACAUGUUGCCAAUGUGCAAGCUGUAACUAAAGACACUUACACACCAAUACAUUUAGCUGCUAAAGGAAAUCACAAAGAAAUUUGUGAAUUACUUUUUAAAAAUGGAGCCGAAUUAGAAGUAACAACCAAGUCUGGAUUCACUCCACUACAUUUAGCUGUAAAGCAUUCACAUUUAGAUACAGUUAAAUAUCUACUUUUAUCAGGUGCUGAUAUGAAUGCCGCUGGACGCAAUGGUUUAACACCUCUACACUUAGCUACACACUAUGGAUCAUUACCUAUAGUUGAAUUGUUAUUAGAAAAUAAGGCAUCUCCGGUUUCUCAGGCUAAAAAUGGUUUCAUCCCACUGCAUAUAGCAGCUGAGAAGCAUUUAGUUGAUAUUGCUAAACUACUGAUUGCAGCUACUGGUGAUAACAAAACUAAAAAUGAGGGUCAAAAUAACGAUAUUAAUGGAUGUUGUAAUAUACAAUCACGUAAUGGUUUUACACCGCUACACUUAGCGUGUCAAGAUGGUAAUGAAAAAAUGACAAAGUUAUUGAUAGAUUCAGGAGCUAAGGUUAAUGCUUUAGCUAAAAACGGCCUUACAGCUAUGCAUUUAGCAGCUCAGGAGGAUAGUGUUAAAGCUGCGGAUUUACUGUUUGCUGCUGGUUCUGAAUUAGAUGUUAAAACAAAAGCAGGUUAUACACCUUUGCAUACAGCCUGUCAUUUUGGUCAAGUUAAUAUGGUCCGAUUUCUUUUAGGUAAGGGUGCUGAUGUGAAUGCUGUUACAUGCAUGGGAUCAAAUGCUUUACAUUUGGCUGCACAACAAGGCCAUUCCACAGUUAUAUACGUUCUGCUAGAAAGCGGUGCCAACCCAAAUAUGCGUAAUAAGUAUGGCUGGACACCAGCUCACGUCGCUCGUCAUCAGCACUAUUUAAAUAUAUUCGAAGCACUGCGUCAGGUGACCACCUGUGUAGAAUCGUGGGAGAAUGAAAAUACUGAUGAAUUACCAAUGAGUGCAGAAUUAAAUGCAUCCAUCAUUUCUGGUCAAGAGCAUACUUCGUCGCUAAAUAGACAACAGUAUACAUCAUCAAAUCGACUUGGUCUUGAGCAUCCAGAUAUGAUGAGAGAUAAUCCAAUUACAGAUACUGAAGAAGAAUGUGUUGAACCCGAUUUCACUGUUAUGCCAUCUUCACCCUUAUUUUCACGUGUACAAAGUAGACAAAGUAUUGGGCAACAAUAUUCCCAGCGUCCUCACCAUCCUCAUCAUCAUCUGCAACAACAAAAUCAUCAAAAUAAUUUUGAUUAUAAAUUGUCAGAUGAACAUUAUGGACAUCGAGGUGCUAUAAACCAUGUGAAAAUAGCUCCAGAUAAAUUAUCUAAUGUUUCAGGUGAAGAUAGUAUUCAUGAAGGUACAGCAGCUGAAAAUGCUCAUGGUAUUACUUGGCGAGACACACAAUUCGGUUAUGGAAGUCGGGAAAUUGGACUGUCCGAAAUUAGAAUAAGCCGAGAUUAUGCGGAGCUUGGUAUGGCAGCUGCUUCAAGUUUGGCAGGAUUUUCAGGACUGGUUGAAUGGGACUUCACUCCAGAUAAUGUGCCCAUCCCCAGACGACCGAUAGCUUCAGGCUUUCUUGUCUCCUUUCUGGUUGAUGCACGUGGUGGCUCUAUGCGUGGUAGCCGUCACCCAGGUCUUCGGAUUUUGGUUCCACCCAGUGCAGCUAGUGCACCAACACGUAUUACUUGUCGUAUGCUACGACCAGAAAGGACAGCUCGACCACCACAAUUGAAUGAUUGUGAAGGAUUAGCUUGUCGAAUCAUCGAAUUAGGACCUCACCCAUGCAGAUUUAACACACCAGUUCUUUUAGAAAUUCCACAUUUUGCUUCAUUACGUGGUCGUCAGCGUGAAUUGGUUGUGCUACGGAGUGAUAAUGCUGAAACAUGGCGUGAACAUUCUUUAGAAGCUACCGAUCAAGCUGUUCAGUCAGCCGUGGGCCAAAGUUUUGAUGGUUUAGAAACAAUGGAAGAACUUCGAGAGAAGCGUAUUAUUCGCAUAUUAACCAAUGAUUUUCCACAGUAUUUGGCAGUUGUUAGCAGGUUACGUCAAGAAUCAUCACUAGUUGGUUCAGAUGGUGGUGUACUGAGUUCAACUGUUGUUCCACAAGUACAAGCUGUUUUUCCAGAAGGUGCACUUCAGAAAAGAAUACGUGUUGGUUUACAGGCCCAUCCAAUUUCCACAGAAUUAGUGACACGUCUGCUAGGUAAUCGUGUUGCAGUUUCACCAAUUGUGACAUUAGAGCCACGCCGUCGUAAAUUUCAUAAACCAAUCACUUUAACCAUUCCGCUGCCUAAGGCUGCUGUUAGGGGUAUGAUCAAUCCAACAAUGAGUGAUUUGAAGUCGCAAAAUGUGCCAAGUUUAAGAUUGCUAUGCAGUAUCACUGGUGGUACAGCACCAGCACAAUGGGAGGAUAUUACAGGAUCUACACCGUUGUCUAAAGUUAAAGAUUGUGUCUCGUUCACUACAACUGUUUCAGCAAGAUUUUGGUUGAUGGACUGUCCAGCUGUACAUGAAGCUGCAGAACUUGCUGGACGGUUGUAUGCGGAAGCGACUUUAGUUCCGUAUAUGGGUAAAUUUGUUGUAUUCACCAAACGCUUGGAUACUGAUGAAGCUUUAGUCCGAUGCUUCUGUGUAACCGAUGAUAAAGUGGAUAAGACUUUGGAAUGUCAAGAAGGCUUUGAAGUAUGCGCUGCUUCACCAGAAGUUGAAGUGAUUGAAAGUAGACCGGCAUGGCUUGAAGCAGCUGGCAAUCUGCUGCCUGUAGCAAAAUUAGGCGAACAACUGCGUUUGCACUUUAAUGCUUUCCGUGAAAAUAGACUAGCUUUUCCAGUGCGAGUCAAAGAUGUACAACAAGAGCUUGUGGGAAAAUUAGCAUUUAUGCGUGAACCAAGACAACCUAUUCGAGACGGUGAUGGUGAUUCACAGUAUAUCUAUCAUGAGAUACCACAAGCUCAGAAACCGUUAUGCACUCUGGAAGUUCGACUCAGUUCAGAUAACACUGGUAGUCAACAGGGUAUGGAUCCAUCAUUAAUUGGAUUAGAAAAUCAUCCUGAGUUCUUAGAUCAGUUGAAUGCUACUAGUGCAGCUGAGUUAAAUAUGGGAUCAUUGAGUUGUGUAUUCCCAUAUGGUAAACGUGUAAACGAUCAAAAAAAUAGUGGUGACAUGAAUGGCGAAUCAAACAAACCUGAACCUUAUUGGGCUUCAACUUAUACAUCAGAUAUAAUUGCUCGUAGUCAAAUUGAUUUAAUUCAAGUAGCAAGUGAAAUUGGUUCAGACUGGCCUAAACUAAUUGAAGUUCUUAUACCUCAAUCAAAUCUGAAAAGUUCAUGUACUGCUCAUCAGUUAGUCAGUUGGAUAAAUGAAAGUGAACCGAAAUGGCAAAUGGAAAGAAAUAAAAGAGUUAUACAAGCUGGUGGAGUUAUAGAAGAUGGUGAUGUGACUGGUAGUUUUGGUGGUCAAAUCAGUGUGAAUGAAUUAAGAACAGUACAAGACCAAGCUCUGGCUGUUCUAUUAGCCUGGCGUGAAGAAAAUGGAGAUAUGGCUACAGGUAAUGAGUUGGAUCAUGCCCUCCGUUUAAUUGGUCGCGAAGAUGUCAUCAAAUCGUGUAUGCGCAAUAUUCAGUAUGUGCUUGACGCUGAUGAACAUGCUAAGGCCACCCGUCAAAUAGAUGAACGCAAAGGUUCCGAUCCUAUAGACCCUUUGGUUUCAGAUCCUUUCUCCACUUCUUUAGCAGCUACAACCACUCUGAUGUCCGGCAUGGAAGAUAUGUCACAUGCUUAUAAUGAUAAUAAUGCAGUUAUUAAUGCGUCUGGUAUGAAGGACGUAAGGAGAAGUCCAGGCAUAGUAGUUUCUCCAUUGCCUGGGGAAUCUGAGUUAAUUACAGAAAGUCAUAGUGCUCCCGAUAAUCAAGUCUCAAGAAUACCUGAAGAAACAAAUAUCGAUAAUGAAGGAAAGUUAUCCUCUGUUGGACAAGGCCAGGCGGAAUUGGACGAAGAUAACGAAGGAUUUUGGCAACAAACAGGUGUAGAACCAGCUAGUUCAACCAGUCAACAAGGUGGUGAUCCAAUGCUAAUACAAAAACACAAUGAAUUAGUCACACAAGAAGAAGCCGAUAUCAUUCGUGAUAGUGAGUCGAUGACAACAAGUUCAGAACUAAUUGCUUCUGGAAUACAAGGGUCUCAACAAGAAAUAUAUGAAACUGAUGAAAAGAUUACAGGUACUCUGAGACCUGAAAGUGAAAUCGAAGACGAAUUUCAGAACCGAAAUUUGAAAGGCACUAAUGAUUAUCAUAAAGAAUCCGACGUAUCCCCUUCACAAACUGAACAUCAGCAAUAUGCUGUCAACCGAGAAGAGGAUGAGGAUGCACAUCAAAACGAUACACCAUCCAGUAGAUCACGCCUUCCAAUUGAACAUCGUUGGGAGCAAGAAGAUGAUCUGUCAGAUGAAGUUAUACAUCAUGAUGAUAUAAGUGUUGAGACAGAUACUGAACAUGUUCUUGAAGAUCAGAACAAUCCAGCUGCAACAACGGAUCAACAUUCUAUAUUUUCAGAUCUGCCCACUAACGAUCAAUCUGUGAGUGAAUCAGUGAUAAGUGCAUCAGAGAUGAUAAGUGGAAAUGACGCGAUACGUCAUGCUCAUCAUGUUGGCAAUUCUUCAACUCAUGUUGAAAAUAUUGAAAAUCUUGAAGCUUAUGAUGAACAUGGUGUUAAUAUUGAUGCACAAUCAAGUAGACAGUACGACUCAAGUGGACACAUGGUUUCUUCUAAUGCACAUCACGGUCUGGAAGCGUCUCCACGAAAUUUUGCUGGUGACAAUGAUAAUGCUGCAUAAGAAUUUUUAAAUAAAUAACCAAACAUUCAAACCGGUUUUUACCUGUGUUUCUUUUUCAGCUUAUUCAUCAUCCAUAGUGUUAUCAUCAUUCUGCUUGUCGGGUUUGUUCCUUUUUUCUCAUCAGGGUGGAAAGGCAGUCGCUUAGACUUCAUUUCUUCUACAUUUUGGUUUUUUUCGCCUUAUCUAGUCAUAGUGAAUAAUAAUUCCAUUCAUAAUGAUGAAUCUUUUGACAUAAAUACCUAUUGCUUUAUACAGUUAUCUACAAGCUUAGUCUCGUAUACACACGUGCAUGUUUACACCGAUAAAAGCAUAAAUCAAGCACCAAUGAUAAUGAUGAUAUAAUUUCAGCUAUUAUUCUAUAACUUUUAUUUGUCAGUUACCAUAUUUCAUAUAUCUUUACUAAUUUUAUCAUUAUUUCAUUUAUUACUACUGCUUAUUAAAGAGAACGAAGUUAAAUCUAAAAAUUGGAUGUUUUCUUCAUCUCCAUAAUGUGUUUUAAAUCCAUGCUUAUUGGCUAUUUUAACUUCCCCUUGCAGUCAUAGUCUUUUCAUUGUUACUAUCUUGUUCUAGUUAAGAGAAUCGGUUUGCAUUGAAGAUCCCGCUUGGAAUUUUGUUAAUUCAUGUUUUACUGACACUAAUACUAACAGUUACUGUCAUUGUGUAGAAGUAGGAUCAAUUAAUUCAUAAAUCCUUUAUACUUGAUAAUGGGGAAUGAUAUUUGAGCAUUUGUCUAUAUCAUUAUUAUUAAUUUAUAUUAUAUGUGAAUGAUUUGUUUUAGAUGCAGUAAAUUGCACUUUUCAUUGUCAUAACACUACUACCAAUAAUAAUAACCGUUCAUAUAGUAACACUGAUUUUGUUGUUUUAGUGGUGAUAUGCAGUUAUCUUUUUUAUUUUCUUUUUGUUUCUUUAUUAUUAUUUCUUAAUUAUUCACUGAAUGAUCAUAUGCAAUCUGGUGUGAUUGAUUGUACUCUUCAAUUACACCUUUUUGAAUGCGGAAUUUUUAUUAUUAUUAAUGAGCAUUGAACAUAUUCAGUGUUUUAAUGCGUGCCAAGAUAGAGUGCAGCAAAAAGUUACAGUUUAUGUAGAAUUUUUCCAUUGCUAUGAAAAAUAAAAUGACCAGCUUUGUUUUUGUAUGUUUGCAUGGAUGCAUAUUCUUCUGUGCAUUGAUUAACCAAUCAAAUAAAAAGAAGGCUCAUAUAACUUUUUAAUUCCUGCAUUCAAAUUAUUAUCUAUAAUAUAUAUGCUACUUAUGUACAUCGUGUGCUUUCAUUCCGCUUUUAUGUGAAAUAUAUUAAUUAAUUAGUACACACACACUUUUUUCAUUUAUAAUUAUAUGACUAUUGGAAUGUUGAAGAGAAUUUAAAAAAAGCUAUGAGCAGAUAUGAUGUGCUGAUUUCAAAAGUAUGAAAAGCUUAUCCAGUGGUAAAAACUGCACAACAAUUAGUUCGCACAAUACUACGAUCCACAACGUCAUUCCACCUUCAAUUAUUAUUUUCCCACCUCCUGCUCAAUUACGCAAGUAUUACGCAAUUCCAAAGCUUAACUAUAAAUUAUGUGCAAAAUGCCGUUCAAUAAGAAAUAUUUACGUUUAGCGAAAACAGUUUUGAAGAAAUAAAUGAAUAAAAAUUACUUGAAAUCUGUAUGAUCUUUCAAU